UGCUAAGAAACAAUCCUUCUCUACAAACUACUGAUUCACUUCUCAGAAACCCUAGCUCUCGUCGCGUUGAGCGAAAUUUCUGUCCUUUUUGCGCCUUUUCUGGUGAAUUUUCAAGGAUUUCGAGCUUCCCGAAGAAAAUCGGCGUGUGCAUUGUUGUUUGGAAACGUAGGGGGCUUACCUUUGUCAAAUAGUAGACUGUUUAUACAUUAAUUAUGAGUAGCAAAGAUUCUCAGACUCCAAUUGGCGGGUCGGGCCGGGCUGGGCCAUUGGUAGCAAUGAAAGAUCAUGGUGGCUCUGCCGCAGCAGUUAAUACAGAGAGACGAUUGAUCACCUUCAAUGGUAAUGGCAAUGUGGGACGGGUGGGAUAUGGAAGGUGGAAUGGCGAGCUGCUGGAGGAUCAAGAUCACGGCUUUCGAGCUGGGGACCUUGUGUGGGCGAAGAUAAAGAGCCAACCGUGGUGGCCGGCUCAGGUUUACGACCCAAGGGAUGCCUCAGAGCUCGCACUGAAGCAUAGCCGAGAGGGCUGUGUGCUUGUGUGCUUUUUUGGUGAAGAUUCUUGUUCUUGGUGCUUGCCCGUGCAGCUAGUACCUUUAGUCGAGAAUCUUGAUAGUAUUUGGAGUGAGAGGCCUUCGAGGAGCUUUGAGAAGGCGGUGCAUAGGGCGUUCGAUGAGAUAGGGAGGCUUAUGGAGUCGAAGAUCUUGUGCAGGUGCAUAUCGUUGGAGAAAAGGGGCGAUCUUGCUAGGCCUGUGGCAAAGAAUGUUGGUGUCAAGGCGGGGUUGCUUGUGCCAGAGGUGGACUUUGACCGUCUCCCUAUCCCACAAUACGAGCCUGCUGAUAUACGUGCAAAACUUGUGCGAUUUGCGAGGACUGCCUCCUUUGGCAAUGUGCUUGAUCUUACAGUCCUGAGGAGCUGGAUAUCUGCGUAUUCGUAUGCAGAAUGUGGUGGUAGGCGGCUUGCUGCGUAUAGUGAGCCCGUUUUAAUUGAAGAGCUGGAAGAUAGUAGAGUAGUGAGCCCCUUCUAUUCCCCUGAACCCACCGAUGAUGUUAAGAAGGUCUACAAAAGAAAGAGACUGAGAACUGCUAUUGGUGGUGGAUUUAAGGAUGAUCGUUUGGUUGUUUUCCAACCAAAUGAAAUCGAAUCUAAAGCCGAGCCUUCUACUGCAAGGGAGAGGAAGAAGAGCAAGUAUCUGUCUCCUCCUUAUACGAAUCUGAACGAGAUAGGCUAUAAGCCCUGGUUCGAGAUGAGGAAGUCUUCAUUUCUUGAGGAGCUGGAUGAUGAGAAGGCCUCUGAGAAAGAUAAAAUGGCUUCUCUGGCAUCAGAUGUUGAAGUAGAGGUGAAUGAAUUGAUGCUGAGGUUAAAAUCCGCAGCUGUUGAUCGUUUCUACCUGAGAAACGAGGGCCAUCUCGAUUCCAUCUGCAGCUUCGCCUCAGCAUACAGAAGCUCCACCUACCUGCACGGCGCCCACUUCAAAACGUACCUCCGGUGCAAGAAAGUGAGCAGCCGUAAGAGAAAGAAGCUCACUGGCAGCCCCAAGGUUUUGAGAUUGACUGCGCCUGCACACGAGCCAACAGAUAGUCUCGUGUUGGAUGCUAGACUGAUCGGGAAGAGGGUCGACUCGAUGGCUAAGAUGCUGGAAAGCUGUGUCUCGAAGUUCUCAUCAGACGACAAAGCUCGGCUAAGAGAAGAGAUGAACGGUCUGAUCGAGAAGGUGGAGGUGGCAAGCGAUAAGGUGAGGUUGAUAGCUGAGAAGAGCUCCUCUUGAAUGAAGAGAUAGGUAGUCUUGUUUUUUGAAAAUUUGCUUUGAGGAUUUUGAAAUUUUUCUGAAUGUUUCUUCAUUUUGUGGUGGGGGAAAACAGUUUAUGUUUAUACUACUCCUAACAACUGACCUUUUCUGGAAACAAUAUACAUUAAUCAUAUCAUGA